AUGACUUCUUUCUGCUCUGCGUCCUCUGCCGCUUCCGGUCCGCGGCGCAGCAAAGAGAACACCUUUUCCCGCGCAUGCCUGCGGGAACGGGGAGUUGCAAUUCGGGCUGUGGUGACGGAUCUGGACGGCACUCUCCUCAACUCUGUCCACGCAGUUUCACAAGCAAAUGUGGAGGCGUGUGCGCGUCUUCGUCGGAAAGGCAUUGCCUGCGUGUUUGCCACAGGCCGGCCCCACGUUGGUACGGUCAAGUGCCUUGGGUCAACGGUUCUGGAAGAGAUGGGAAUGGCGAACGCGUUUCCAGGCGUGUACAUGAACGGGUGUAUAGUGUACGAUCCUGACGGCACGCUGUUGCACGCGGAGUACCUCGAUAAGGAUGCCCAGAAAGCGGUCUUUUCCCUUCUGGAGGAGCGGAACCUGGUGAACCGUGUCUGUGGCUACCAGGAACAGGGAAUCUUUUGCAAUGAAAAGAACAAAUACACGUGGCACACAAAAGAUGAGUAUGACGAAUGCGAGCCCGUUGUGGUUCCGUCCCUAGAUGAGCUAAAAAAUAUGAAUUUUUGCAAACUGACGGUAAAUGGCUCUCCGGAGGAAGUCGCCGAGUUCCGCAUCCUACUCGAGAGUGUGGCAGAGAUCUGGGACGGUCGGUGUGUUCAGCCCAUUCCAGGGAACGUGGAGUUUAUUCCCAAGACCAUUUCAAAGGCGAAAGGUCUUGAUAUUCUGUUCGACAACAUGAAUAUUAAGAAGGAGGAAGCCAUCGCGCUUGGUGACAGCGAAAACGACCUCGAAAUGCUUCGCCACAUAGACCUCUCUGUUUGCGUCGCGAACGGAUGUCCAUCGGCCAAGGAGGCAGCUCGGUUCGUUACCGUCUCCAAUGACCAGGACGGAUUUGCCGUUGUUGUCCAGGAAAUAUGCCAUGAGCUAGAAGAACAAGAAGCCAGGGCCGCCCGAGGGGCCGCAUAG